CGGCCUGACGUACGCGAGGAUUCCAUUAGCCUGACCUGGUCCGGCCUGACCCUGCCCGGACGCGCCAUGUUCGCGCGUGGGUCCCGGAGGCGUCGCUCCGGGCGCGCGCCUCCAGAAGCAGAGGACCCAGACCGUGGCCAGCCCUGCAACUCCUGCAGGGAGCAGUGCCCCGGCUUCCUGCUGCAUGGCUGGAGAAAGAUCUGCCAGCACUGCAAAUGCCCGCGGGAGGAGCAUGCGGUGCACUCGGUGCCUGUGGACCUGGAACGCAUCAUGUGUCGGCUAAUUUCAGACUUCCAGCGCCACUCCAUCUCCGACGAUGACUCAGGCUGUGCCUCUGAGGAGUAUGCGUGGGUGCCCCCGGGUCUCAAGCCUGAGCAGGUAUACCAGUUUUUCAGCUGCCUCCCAGAGGACAAGGUCCCCUAUGUCAACAGCUCCGGGGAGAAAUACAGGAUCAAACAGCUACUACACCAGCUGCCACCACAUGACAGUGAGGUACACUACUGCACAGCACUGGAAGAGGAGGAAAAGAAAGAGCUCAGGGCCUUCAGCCAGCAGCGGAAGCGGGAGAAUCUGGGACGUGGCACUGUGCGCAUCUUUCCCGUGACCAUCACUGGGGCCAUCUGUGAGGAGUGUGGGAAGCAGAUUGGAGGUGGGGACAUCGCAGUGUUUGCCAGCCGUGCAGGCCUGGGUGCCUGCUGGCACCCACAGUGCUUUGUGUGUACCACGUGCCGGGAGCUGCUUGUGGACCUCAUCUACUUCUACCAUGCUGGCAAGGUCUACUGUGGUCGCCACCAUGCCGAAUGCCUGCGCCCACGCUGCCAGGCCUGUGAUGAGAUCAUCUUCUCCCCUGAGUGCACAGAGGCCGAGGGCCGGCACUGGCACAUGGGUCACUUCUGCUGCUUUGAGUGUGAAGCAUCACUAGGAGGGCAGCGCUACGUCAUGCGUCAGAGCCGACCUCACUGCUGCGCCUGCUAUGAGGCCCGCCAUGCGGAGUACUGUGAUGGCUGUGGGGAGCAUAUCGGCCUGGACCAGGGCCAAAUGGCUUAUGAGGGCCAGCACUGGCACGCCUCAGACAGAUGCUUCUGCUGUAGUCGCUGCGGGCGGGCCCUUCUGGGCCGCCCCUUCCUGCCCCGCCGUGGCCUAAUAUUCUGCUCACGCGCCUGCAGCCUCGGGCCAGAACCCACUGCUCCAGGGCCCGGCAGCCGCAGCUGGAACGCAGGCACAGUCUCCGCACCGCUCGCGGCCUCCACAGCCUCUUUCUCUGCUGUCGAGGGGGCAUCGGAGACGGCCACCAAAGGCACCAGCACCGAGUCAGCGCCUGCUGCAGGUCCUGAGGAGCCCGUCCGCUUUCUGCGAGGGGCUCCCCACCGCCACUCCAUGCCUGAGCUGGGGCUCCGAAGUGCCACCGAGCCACCCCGCCAGCCAGACCCGCGCCUGGAAGACGGUGCCUUCGGCCGCCACAGCGCCCCGCGCGUCAGCUUCCGCGACCCUCUGGUGUCUGAGGGAGGCCCGCGGAGGACCCUGAGUGCGCCCCCAGCCCAACGCCGCAGGCCACGCAGUCCCCCGCCCCGGGCCUCCAGCCACCGCCGCCGUCAACACCACCAUCGCCGCCGCCUUCCGGGCAGACAUAGACACCAAUGCGAUUUAGGAUCGGGGUCGGACUCAGGAUCUUGCUCCAGCUCGCCCUCCAGCCCCAGUUCUGAGUCCUCAGAGGACGACGGCUUCUUCUUGGGGGAACGCAUCCCGCUGCCCCCGCAUCUGUGCAGGCCUGUGCCAGCUCAGGACUCUACAACUGAGACAGCCAACUCCCCACCCCCACGGCCCCUUGGGGACCCGCGCCCAGGGAUUCCUCGCCAGGCCCGAGACAAGAACUGUAUAGUGGCUUGAAGUCUAGGCAGUCCUGGGUGAGGGUGUCCAUUCUCGAGUCAGUGUAGAUGAUAA